AUGACUUUGGGCCCCUCUCCCUCCUCACCUGUCCCUGUCCCUCCUAAAAAGACCACUGCCACCGAAGCACUACCCCCACUCUCCAUCUCGGCUCCUCUCCAGAACACUUCCGCCGCUCCUGAGUCCUCAGUCUUCACCUCGUCUUCGCCCAUCUACUCGCGUGCCCAUCCUUUCCUCCGCAAGUUCCAGACCACUGUCCAGAAGGCCGUUGCCCAAGCGCAACAGCAGAACCAGUCCGUCUUCUCCUCUGCCUUUUCUACAUCCGCUACCUCCCCCUCUUCAUCUAGCGAUAACAAGGACAAUGCCUCUAACCAGAAUGGAGGCAACUCUGUCGAUGAGAAGAUCGCUGCCGUCUCGAGCGGUCGUCUCCCCGUGAACCCCAAGAGCCCUACCCUUGCUGCCGCCAAGGCCACCGAUGCUAUCAUCCAGAUGCGUCUCGGACAGGUCCAUCACGACGGCCGCACCGCCCAUGACAAUAUCCCUACACUUGAUGAGAGUGUUUACGCUGAGGAAACGUUUCAAAAGUCUGCAGCGCAUCAGGGUUGCGGAUGCUCUCACCACGGAGCGGCAGGAACGGAUUCUGAUAGUGACGAUGAUACACGUGUUGAGCCCUCGAACUUCCCUCCAGUCUCCGAGGAGGCCCGCGAGUUCUCUGAGCGUUUGUUAGGCCAGAACAAGGCUUGGGCCCUCAAGACUGAGCAGGAUCGUCCUGGGUUCUUUGCCAAGUUGGAAAAGCAGCAAAAGCCUCAAGUCCUCUGGAUCGGCUGCUCGGAUUCGCGUGUGCCUGCAAACCAGAUCGUCAACCUCGAUCCCGGCGAGAUUUUCGUCCACCGCAACAUCGCCAACGUUGUCACCCACACCGACAUGAAUCUGUUGUCGGUCCUCGAGUACGCCGUCGACGUCCUCAAGGUCCGCCACAUCAUCGUCUGCGGACACUAUGGCUGCGGAGGUGUCGCUGCCUCGUUGACCCAGAAGCAGUUUGGAGUGAUCGACAACUGGCUGAGGAACAUCAAGGAUCUAUACACGAUCCACCGCAAGAAGUUCGAUACUCUCCCCCAUGGAGGCAAAGAGCAGCAGGAUCUGUUGACAGAGCUGAAUGUCAUCCAGUCUGCGUUGAAUGUCUGCCAUACCAGUAUUGUCCAGAAGGCCUGGUCGAGGGGCGAGAAGCUGAGUGUUCAUGGAUGGUGCUAUCGGUUGAGCGAUGGUGUUAUCCGGAAUUUGGGACUCUGCAUCGAGGGUCCUGGUAAUGUUGAGGAGGUUUACCAUGUCAUAGAUGAGGUCAAAUCUGGCCAUUAA